AAAUGAACGUAUGGGCAACGAACGUAUGGGCAACGAACGUAUGGGCAAUGAACGUAUGGGCAACGAACGUAUGGGCAAUGAACGUAUGGGCAACGAACGUAUGGGCAACGAACGUAUGGGCAACGAACGUAUGGGCGAUGAGCAAUGAACGAAAGCAUGAGAACAUUUGGUAA